AUAUCGUACAACUGCUAGCACGUGUGACGCUGCUAAUUGUUAUUUUAUUUUCCCAAUUUUUAACCAAAUAGAAGGGAAAGGAUGCGGGACAACACACCGCCGCACCGUCCAAACCUGGAGGAGGAAGAUGACGAGCUGCUGGAGAUGAUUGACCUGGAUCAAGAGCCGCUGGACGAAGAUGACGACGACUUAGAGGAGGUGACAUUGGAGCAACUGGAGGCCCGACUCGCCGGUGGCGAUGAUGACGACGACGACGAGGAGGAUGAGGAGGAACUGCGCGAUCGCGAGAGGAUAGCCAACAUCAGGGACGAGGCUGAGAUAACCUUCCGAAAGCACAAGGCGCCGGUUUUCGCCUGCAGCCUGCAUCCUUCAUAUAAUUGGGCAGUAACCGGCAGCGAAGAUGAUUGUUCCUACGUGUGGGACACCUCCACCGGCGAGGUCCUCUUCGAGAUCACCGAGCACAAAGACACCGUCACGGAAACCCACUUCAGCCACGACGGCGUAUAUCUGGCCACUGGUGACCUGGCCGGCGAACUGUUCGUCUUCAAGGUCAGCGAACAGCGCGAGGAGCGCCCGAUCCUGGCAAAAGUCUGGGAGUACUCCAUGAGCGACAUGUCCUGGCUCUUCUGGCAUCGGGCUGCCAACGUUCUGCUGGCGGGCAGCGACAGCGGCGAGGUCUUUGUGUGGCGCAUCCCCAGCGGGGAUUGUAAGAUCCUGCCGGGACAGUCGUCGCGAUGCGAGUCCGGAGAGCUCAGUGGCGAUGGCAAGAAGCUGUUUACGGCCUACAUAAACGGAUCUGUCAAACUGUGGGAUCUGAAGAGCUGCCAGGUGCUCAUGGAGGUCAACGAACAGCAUCCCAUGGGAUUCGGCGAAAUCACGCACGCGGUGGUGGCAUGCGAGAGGGAAUCUCCCUUCUACAUCUGCGCGGAGGCGUCAGGCAAAAUGCUGUUUUGCACUAACAACGGACCUGUGAGCACGAUUCAAUCGGAGCACGGCAUUGAGUGCCUGGCCUUUGCUCCCCCUGCAGCGGAUCUCAAGCUCUUUGCUUGUGGCUCGCUGGACGGCAGAAUUUCCAUCUGGGACUACUCCAAAACAUCGCUCCGUACGAUAUGCGAAAACCCAGUACCAAACGAUGGUGUCAUAAGAAUCAAGUGGUUGAACGACCACACUAUUCUGGCGGCCACAACGCAGGGCAAUCUGAAUGCAUUUGACGCCCGUACAGGAUCGCUGAAAUUUACGCUGACGGGUCACUUCUAUCACAUCUACGAGUUUGUCUAUAAGGCGCAAGAAAAUCUGCUGCUGACGGUGUCCGAGGACAACACAGCCAAGAUAUUCAAGGUCCCGGCGCUGGGUGAUUAGUUAGAAUAUAAAAAUGUUGUACCGUGCUGUAUAUGUAAAUAGUAAAUACAUAUAAAAAUUA